GCUCUCCCCUCUCUUGGAGGGCGGAGGACCCCUGGGCCAUGGCGUACCCCAACCCGGGCAUCCUGAAGGCGGCCAUGGGUCACUACUUGACGGAGAGUGCCCGCACCGCCCUGGAGGCCCUGGAGCCCGAAGGGGAGGCCGUGGUGCUGGGCCCCGGGAAGCAGAUGCCGGUGGUGGGGCCCAACCAAAUCCUGGACAUGCCGCUCUUCACCAAGAUCCCCUUCCUCCCGGGAUCCAACACCAUGUUCUACACCACAAACCUCGGCGAAAAGCUGUACCAGCCUUCGGCCACCUUUGACCUGAGCGACCCUUACUGCAAGAUGAUGCCCCCCAAGUACAAGAGCCUCCACGACCCGCACCUCAAGGCCUUCUACAAGCGGAAGGACAACCUGCGGAGGCUCAAGAAGGCCGGGCACAUCACCGACAAGAACAAGGUGGUCUGCUCCUUGAAGGAAUUCAACGAGUACCGACAAUACUUGACCUCCCUGAAGCUGGAGUUUGAGAAGCACUACAUCCGGGAGCAGAAAAUGCUGGAGAAGCAGGUGACCAAGCUGCAGGACCCCCAAGUCCUCCCCGAAGGGCUGGACACCUCCAAGUACCGGGACUGGCUCCUGAAGGAGGAGCGGCCCAGCAUCCGGGAGCAGGAGAGCGUCAUGCGCAACAAGUAUCUGGAGAUGAUCAACCAGGAGCUGGAGAAGCUGGAGCAGCUGGCCGAGGAGAACCGGCGCCUUGCUCUGGCUCAAGACGACAAGAAGAAGAUGGGGCUGGAGAAGCAGAAGCAGCUCCUCCUGAGGAAGAAGAUGGAAGAGGAAUGGAAGCGGAAGGAGAUGCUGCUCCUCAUGAAGAUCGGGGACGACGUCAAGCGGGAGGCCCGGAUGGAGGAGCAGAAGCAGAAGAGCAAAGAGGACAAGCUCAAGCGGAAACAAGCCAUGCUGGAGAAGAAGAUGGCCUACCACCUGAAGAAGCUGCAGGAGAAAUUCCAGAAGGAGGGCUUCCUGCCUCCGGGGCGGAUGCCGCCCGUCAAGGGGCAAGAGGACCACGGGCUGCCCGUCAAGAAGCUCGCGGCCCUGGCGAAGAAGCCCCCCGAAGCCCCCCGAAAACCCUCAGAACCGGAGAAGAAGCGGAUCAGCCCCUUGAGCAAGAAGGGAGGGGAGCUCCCCAAAGGAGGAGGAGGUGGUGGUGGUGGUGGCGGCACAACGGCGACACCCGAGAUCCAGUCCCCUCCUUCCAAAGCUGCUCAGAGCAAGAAGCAGUCCAUCACGGUGACACUACCGUCCUCGGGCUCCGAGGCUCUGAUCGCCAGCAAGUCAGCCACCUCCUUGGAGCCCGGACUCGCUCCAAGUGAGAAAGACGUGAGCAAAUCCCAAAGCCAGCACUCCGAGCCAGCCGGGGAGACUCUCCCAUCGCAGGCCACCAGCGGCAGGCCAUCCUUGGUCUCGGUCAAAGAGGCCACCUCGACAGCCAGCAACAAGAGCCUCCCGGCGGUGGAGGCCAAGUCCAGCAAGGAAGAAAACGGCAACGACAAAGUCCUGCCGUCGAUCUCCGCCGGGGCCACCAGCAACGAAGGGGAGGCCUCCGUCGAAGAGUCCGCCGUCUGCGGAAGCAAGACCUCGUGCGACGGAUCGGGCGGCUGCGGGAGCAAAGGAUCGUGCUGCGGAUCGGCCGGGUGCGGGAGCAAAGGAUCGUGUUGCGGAUCGGCCGGCUGCGGGAGCAAAGGGUGCUGUGGAUCCGGGGGCUGCGGGAGCAAAGGAUCGUGUUGCGGAUCGGCCGGCUGCGGGAGCAAAGGCUGCUGCGGAUCCAGCGGCUGUGGGAGCAAAAGCUGCUGUUGCGGGAGCAAAACGUGCUGCAGAUCCAGCGGAUGCAGAAGCAAAGGCUCUUGCUGUGGAAGUUGCGGAAGCAAAGGCUCCCGCUGUGUCUGCUGCUCCAGUGGAUGUUGCAGCGGGAAGUGCUCCGGCUCCGGCGUCGGCAGCAUGAACAGCAAGGCCACCGGCGAGUACGACUCCAGCGGCAGCAGCAACAAGCGCGCAAACGACAGCGGGCCCAGCAAGAUCACCACCACGACCACGGGAGUGACUGCCUCCCACCAAAGCUCAACGAAGCCUUCCACCAAAACCGACGUUCCUUCCGCCAUCACCCUGCACACCAUCACCACCGAGGCCACCACCAAAGGGAAGCAGAAGAAGAAAUCGACAUUGAUGGUGAGAUGCGAUGAGAAAAAAGGGCGGGGGUCUCUGGUUGGGGGGUUUCUAAUCUUAUUUUGGAACCAUUGUUUGUAUAAAUUUUCACAGACCGAGCCGGAGCCGAAAGACAAAACCUGCAGCAAGAAGACGCGGCGCGAGAAGGGCAAAAUAGAGCACUUGGCCUCGACCUCACACGAGAACGACUCCGAAUCGUCCUAUUCGGCGUACCUUCAGCACUUGCUCUCGAACACAGACCAGUCGGCACUGCGAGAGACCCUAAAGGGAAAAGUCUCCGUGUGCGAGCUGAACGGCAUCGUCCAGAACAUCAUGACCUGGGUAGUGUCGGCGGUCACCAGCAUCCUCUACCCGGCCCUCACCAAGUUCGAGGAGCGCGUCCGCGCCCGCGUCUACACCAUUUCGGAGGAGUCCCUGCUCUCCUCGGAGAACUCCUCCACUUGCAGCACGUGCAACGAGGACCGCUUCGAGGCCCGCGGCGGACUGCCCUCGCUCUGUGCCGCCGCUGCCACCGCCGCCGCCAAGACCCCCGCCGCCCUCCUGGCCUCCAAGUCCUCCUUCGCCUCCUUCUCGCUGGGCAGCGACCUCUUCCGGGGAUGCUUCCGGCGGGGCAAGACGGCCAUCUUCUUCUCCCCGGCCAAACACGGGUCCAUCCUCUCCACCACGACUAGUAUGAGGAGCUCCAAGUCCGACAGCCACAUCUCCGACAUGCUGAAGGCCUUCCCAGAUAAGGCGUCGGGCUCUCACGGCAAACGUGGCAAGGGCGCGAAACCGAGGGAGCACGGCCCGAAAAGGGACGCCAAGACUGGGCCCGACACCAGAACCGCCACAACGUACAAGGAAGGGCCGCCUCUCGCCGGGGGAGGGCACCAGCCACCCCACGACCCCAAAGAGCCGCUGAACCUGAAGGACCUCAAGAGCCUUUUUGCAGAGCUGAAGCCCCCGCUGUCCAAGAUCACCGCCAUCAUCCUCAACGACGUCUUCAAAAAGAUCCUGGGGGAUCUGGGAUGCACGGCCACCGCCGGAUCACUCUCGAUGGAGGUCCUGCUGGAGUCCAUUUCAGAGAGCAUCUUGGGCAGCCACCCUGGCGGAUCUCCGCCUGCCGGCGCCAUCUCCCGCAUCGCCUGCUUCGUGGCCGGCGACUUGGUGGAGAACGUGCUCAACAAGCUGCAGGCUUUGACCCUGGUGAAGUACGUGGAGACCGUCUCCAGAGAGGAGUUCUCCGUGGAGUGCAAGGCCCUGUGCGUGGCGGCGGCCAGCGGGAGACACGGGGCGCGGGACCCGGCGUCCUGGAGGCCUCGGUUGCCCCUCUCCUUGGAGUCGAUGCACGCCACGGCGGAGGAGAUCCUCCACUUCAUCCUGGACAAACUCAAAGUCUUUGCCAUCUCCAGCCAGACCAAGGUGUCCCAGUUUAAACUCUUCGCCAGGAUCAAGGCCUUCGGGAUCCCUCUGGAGCAGUUCUACGUGGCCCUCCCGCCGCACACCGUGGAGUCCGAGGCCGCCAACGCCAUUGUGAAGGACACCAUCCGGAAGAUCGUGUCCAAGACGGUGGCCUCGUCAGAAACGCACGUCCUCCAAUACGUGGAAGAGAUGAUCGGCAGCAUCCUGGAAUACAUCCAGCGGCAGCUCAGCCCCGAAGGGAAGCUCCCGGCCCGAGAGAGCUCCAUCCUCCUCCAGCUCAUCAACGACGUCUUCAACAGCCUCAGCACGGAGAAACUCCAGGGGAUUUACGGGGCGGCAAAACCCCAAAUCGGGGCUCCGGAGUACGACCCCCCGUCCGCGCCGGAGAGUCACGGGAAGAUGGCGAGCAUCACGACCCUCUUUACUUCGGAGGAAGACAUGGUGAAGCCGUUUGCUCCUGUGAACGUCCCCGGGAUGGUCAUUUAUUCCGAAGUCGAGGAGAAAGAGAAGACGGGAGCCGACGGGACGAAAGUGACCGUCAACAAGGAACGCAAAGUCUUGGUGACCGAGGUCCCCAAAGGAGAAGAAGAACUCCCAGGCAAAGACAAGAAGGAUGAAGCAAAGCGUUUGGACAAACUUGACAACCGUUUGGACAAUUUCGUGCAGGACGCCAUCUUUUCUUCGGUGGAGAUUCACCACGAGUCCGGGACCAGAGAGUGCGCCUUGGUGAAGGCCUUGAACAUGCUGGAGGAGGACUUCAACGAGGAGGUGCACUCUCCCCUCGUCCCGCUGCUGUGCAACCUCCUCAACGAACUCUUCCGGCUCGUUUGGGCCGAACAGCCCGCCUUGCCCCCGAAGGCGCCUCCGCCGUCCCUUGACCACAUGAGCUUCGGUCGGCAGCACCAUGAAGGGCAACUGGACUCCAAGGAGGUUUUGGGUCUGAAGCCUCCCGUUUCGGAAGCCGACAUCAAGACGUUGGCUAGCGACCUGGUGAAGACGACCUUCCAGACGAUCUCUCGGGCCACGCAGACCAAUGCGAGUAGGCAGCCCAGUGUCGUGUCCACCACGGAGUCCGGCAAAACGCCCCACUCCGUCCACUUCAGGAACCCAGAGGCGAGCUACGAGUUUGGAAAAGGUAUCGGCAAAGAGAAAGGCCUCCCCACCCAACUGGAGUUGGGCAGCGACCUGGUGCAAGCCUUCGUCGCAAAACUGGAGAACUUCGUCACCUCCAAAGUGGAGUCCCAGCUGUGCCUGGACGUCCAAAACCUGAAGGCGUCGAUGAGCGCCGACGUCUCCACCAUCCCGCAAGAGCUGCGGCAGAUCCUGGUGAACUCCCAAGGAUGCCUGCCCACCUGCUUAGAGGACAUCCUCAAUGCCUGCGGAGCCGCCUCCUUCGCCGAGAAGGUCAAGGACGGACACGGACUGCCCUUGUCCUACUCGCAGUUGAAGCCCUACGCGCAAGAAGUGGCCCGUGUCCUGCUGAAGAACCUCAAGCACGGGCUGGACACGGAGGUGGAGAAGAUCCCCACCCCGCCGGUCAUCUUCUCCGAGAGCAUCGCCGCCAGCCAGGUCGUCAGCAUGGUCUUCACGAUCGUCGCUCCCCGCGAGUACGAGUGCGAAGAAGGGCUCCGGCGGGACGUGCUAUGCAAAGAGGCCGUGCUGGAGAAGCUCCUCCGGAAGAACGCGGCCUACAAGAAGGAGCUUCAGCUCCAGAUCCAGAACACCGUCGAGACCUUCUUGAACGAGAUCUAUCAGACGAUCAUGUUGGAUAUGGGGAGUCCCCCCUCGGAAGGGCCAGAAGGGUCCCAGGUCUCCAAGGAGGCGGACAACGGCGCCCCGUUUCCUCUUCCCAAACACACGGUGGUGAAGUCUGACGUUUCGGUGGUUUCUAACGACUUGGUGGACAUUGUGCUCAAAGACCUGAGUUCGGGCCUGGCGGCGGCUCUGCACAAGAAGGGCCCGCUUUCCGCCCGGCUCCAAUCCCUCCUCUACGAACUCGUUCAGAAGACCGUCGAGCCUUUUGCCCACUUGACUGGCCGAGGCGCCAAGGCCGGACACAGGGGACACUGCUCGGACAUGCAGAAGCAGCAAAUCCUGGGCCUGUUGAGAGGCGACGACGGCACCACAGAGAUGCCUCAGCUGAGGGACAUCACCCCGCAAGGCAUUGCCCAAUUCUUGGUGGACAACAUCGUCCUGAGGCUGGAGAGAUUUGCUCAGGAGAAGCUGGACACAGAACCGGUGCAAGAGAGGCCUGGUAGUUACCGCCAGCGAGCCAAACUGGCCAUCCAGGACUCCCAGUCCAACCUGAAGCUCUGCGCCGAAAAGCUGACCUGCAGCAUCCUGAAGGUCAUCCAGAAGGACCUGGAACGGGAGAUGCUCUCCUGCCAGAACAUCGUCCCCUACGAGGAAAACGCCUCCGCCAACGACAUGGUCAACGACCUCCUCAAGAUCCUGUCCGUCCAGAUCGCCUUGACGGAGAACGAGGUCCACAAGAGCGUCCUGAAGAAGAUUUUUAGGAGGCAGCGACCUGGACAGAGAGGGAGGUGCCAGCUGCUGGCCAGGGUGGAGGACGUCCUCAACCAGGUGACCCAGAAGGUCAUAGGGGACCUGGGCCACCUGUCGUCCUUCCACGACUCUUCGUUCGUCAGUUCGGACACCAGGUCCUCUCAUUAUCCCGGUAUGAUGGAGGCAGCCCACAUGGCAGGUGACAUCGUGGAAGGCGUCAUGGGCAAGAUGUACACGGUCGUGAUGGACACCCUCUUCACCUCCGAGUCCAGCUCCAGUAGCGACAAGGGCCCGGUCUCCACCCAUCUCCAGAAGGCCACCCUGGCCGUGGCGCAGCUCCACCCGCCUCCGCAGUCCUUGGGCGAAGAGCUGGUCCAGGGCGUCCUGAACAAAAUCGCCAGCUUUGCCGCGUCCAGCCUGGAAGAGGUCCUCCCUUUUCCGGCGCAACCAAGACGGCGGACGCAGUACGACUUCCAAAGCGGCGACGGCGCCGUCGUGUGCCGGCCGCGAGCCUUCGCCGACGACUCCGAGAGCUCGCUCAUGAGGGUGAACUUGUGCAAGUCCGACCUGACCGCCUAUGCCAAAGACGUGGUCCGCAAGGUGUUGGGAAGCAUCCUCGAGGACUUCAAGACGGAGGAGUACCACCGGACCAUCCUGCGCGUCAACACGCUCUCCUCGGAACAGAUCUCGAUCGCGAGCGAUUUUGUCCACUCGGUGGCCCAAGACCUCCACGUCUCCAGACACACCCAGUUCGAGUCUUACGUGAAGGGGAAGCCCAAAUCCCUCUUCUACGAGGACUUCUUCUCCUUCCUCAAGCAAGUCCUUCCAAAGGAAGGCAUUCUGAGGGAGAUCUUUGAGUGCCGGCCGCUGACCGACGCCAACAUCAACGAGACCCUGAAGAUGCUGCAGGUGGCGGAGAACAUCGUCAGCGAGGUCUUCAUGAGGAUCCGGGACCUGGAGUCUGCCGUCUGCAUCCUGCAAAGGACGUCGGGCGAGCUCAGUGAGAAGUUGUUCUGCUACGGGUUCAAGCGGGCCGAGGGCCCCGCCAGCGGCGGACUCUUCCGCAGCGACUCCCAAGCAGAGAUCGGAUCCGUGGCGAGGGACAUCGUGGCCAGCGUGUUCGAAAACGUGCAGAAAUGCCUCAUCUGCAGCGUCCCCGCUCACCCGGAGUGUUUCCCGCCGAAGAAGGACCCGGCUGGGCUCAGAGGCCACAACCGGUUCCUGAAACACCGCUUCACCCAGCCGGACUUUCCCUUCUACAACGUCUCGCUGAAAGGCGCCGUGGACAAUAUCGACAAGAUCGCCAAGGAGGCCGUCGAGUGCGUCGUGCUCAUGCUGGAGACGUUCGCCAUCCGGCACUUCAGGCGGGACUUCAAGUGCAACUUCUUGGAAAUCGUGAAUUUCCCCCUCGACAGCCUCUCCUUCGCGCAACUGACGCGCUCCCUGGACUCGGUGUCGGUGGGGAACGUGGCAGAGACCACCGUGGAGGCCUUCUGGAACAAGAUUCAAGGUCCCGCAGGGAGAGGGGCGCUGCCCACUCUGGGGUCCGACCCCAACUUCAUGGACUUCUCCAAACUCGGGGGUGCCGUCACCAGGGAGUGCAUCGAGACGUCCAUCCGGCAAGUGCAGGCGCUCCACGCGGAGCUGAACAUCUACGCCAACAACGCCGUCAGCGGCAUCCUGGAGAUCAUCAAGCACACCUUGGACCAGGAGCUGAGCAAGAAGGAGGCCUCGCUCUUCAGCAGCUCCUCCGACAGCAUCGUCCUGAGCGAGACUCUCAGCGUCAUGCUGGACCGGUGCAACGAGAGCCUGACCGAGAUCACCUCCGAGCUGAUGGUGGAGAACCUCCAGCUGGAGAUGUCCGGACGACGGUUCGCCAAGGAGAAGAGCCUCAUGCGGGACCUGCCGUCCCCUCCCCGGCUCAAGACGAAGACCACGAGAUACAGCAGGGUCGAGGCGCGGGACAGCUUCCCCCCCAUCAACGUCCCUGGGAUGGUGAUCUACUCGGAGGAGGAGGCCGAAGUGCUGAACGAGUCCCCCCCCAAGUUCCCUCCUGUGUACAAGGACUCUGAGUGGGACGCCCCAGAGAGGGGUCGAGGGGCGUCCCUCGGGGGGUCGCGCCCCCGGUCAAGGCCUCCGGCCAGGCGCAACAUGUUCAGAGUCGAGUUCCAGGAGGACGACUGGCUUCCCCGGGAGAGGGACCUCCCCGAGGGAAGCAUCCUGGAGAAGCUCUUCAAGAAAGCGGCCGAGCCCGAACCGGGCUGCAAGGCCGGCAAGACGGCGGCGGAGAGCAAAGCCGGUGCCUAUUCCCACGCCGACCCCUUCGGGAGGGGGCUCCCGCUACACAUCCCGGAGAACGUCUGCUACUCGGCCGUCUGCCCACUGAAGCUCGGACAGACCGCCGAAACCAUCGUCAACACCCUCCUCUGCGAGUUCGGGCUGGGCAACGAGGGCGGCGGCUGUGAGGGCGGCGGCGGCUGUUGCAGGAAGCCCUGCCCUGCGCCCCAUUUGGGCUGCGGCGAGAUUGGGGACCUGCAGAGGAAGUGGCCGAGCCUGCUCGACCGCUGGGAGCAGAAGAACGGCAACUCCGGGGGGCACACGGUGCUGGAGGGCAGCCUCCUCGUCCGCCAAGGGAGCAGCCUCCUGUCCAAGUGGGAGAGCAAGCACUGCCUCUUCCGUUCCAAGAGCCCCACGGAGAUGGAGCUGCUGGCCUGUUCCCACGUGCCGGACCCCGACGAAGUCCAGAUGCUGGCCACCCACAUCGUCCUCAGCGUCAUCAAGGAACUCAUCAUCUUCCAGCCCAAAGACGUCUCCAGGGAGAAGGCCCCGGCGUGGAAGCACGAGCUGCAGAAGUCGGAGUCCAAGUGGCUGCAGGAGCGGAUCUGGCGCAGCACCUUCCUGCCCUCGGCCCAGCGGCAGUCCUCAUGCCUGGAGGUCUUCUGGGAGCCGCUGACCCUGGCGGUGGUCACCAACGUGCUCCUGACCAUCUCCCACCCCAACGCCCGGGGCAGCCCCCGGGGCAAGCGGAAGGGCUUCUUCGGCAGCCCCGUCUCCAUGUUCUGCUCCGUGGAGAGCCCAGCGGGCUCCCCCAAGAGCGGCCCCGUCGACAUCGAAGAGCUGGCCUUCCACCUCUCGGAGGCCAUCGUGGGGCUGCUCUGCGAGCGGCACGUCCUGCACGCGGGGGUCAAGAAGAAGGGCUACCGGGGCAAGCGGAGCCGCUACAUCUACGUGCCCCCGCUCUGCCUGGCCGACUUCGACUGCGUGUAUCACCGGCUGGUCAGGGAGGUCGGCACCCUCCUCUCGCUGGAGAUCGAGAUGAGAGGCAAGUUCGGGGGCCGAGCGAAGCCGAGAGACCCCUUCCCGCAGCCGCGGGGCUUCGAUUCUCCCUACGGGGCGUCCCGGGGAGACUGCCGAGGCCCCGAAGACCUCAAAGGGCCCGCCUGCUUGUACGACGUCCGGCGGGCGGACUGCAAGAGCCCACGGCUGAGCUGCGUGGCCGCCAACCUGGACCGCUUCAUCCGCGGCCUGCAGAGCAGCGAGGCCAAGCACCUGGUCAACAAGGUCCUGCAGAUCAUCCUGGACUCCCUGUGGGAGGAGAAGUCGCCGACCCCGCCGACCCGGGAGGGAGCCCUGACCCCGAAGAAGUCCCUGUGCCCACACGCCUCCCGGCUCAGCGGACGCAUGGUCGACAGCCCCCUCGGCCUCUCGCCCAAGUCGGUCGUCCUCCUGGACAUCGUGAGCGAGAAGCUGAUCCGGGCGCUCCUGGACAAGUGCCUCACGACCGAGCACUUCACCGGCGCCUUCGCCUUCGACGAGUUCCCCGAAGACGAGCAGCUCUGCCACCUCCGGAAGUGCGUCAGCGACGAGGAGAUCCUCCGGUAUCACCGCAGAGAGGCGCGAUCCCGUAAGGUCGACGCGGACUCGUCCGUCUUCACCUACGACGUCAAGUACUCGGAGGAGCCGGGCGUGGAGGCCCAGACGAGCGUCACCUCCUACGAUUCGGCCCUCGACCUCUUGGCCCACACUCUGGUCAAGCCGGUGAUGACGGAGCUCUCCCUCAACCUCGAGCCCCGCGGCUCCCUGGGCCACGCCCGGCAUAGGAAGCCCCGCCAGAGGCACACCCACUACGGGAGGGUCGACGGGUACUUCUCGUUGCCCCGGCCGGGGAAGAAGCCGGAGCCGAGGACCCACUGGCACGGGAGGCGGCCGGGCCGGCGGAACGUCCGAGAGCACCGCGGCGAGACGAUCGUGGAGGCGGACCUGCAGCGCCGGACCUUCACUUCCAAGCCACCCGGCCGGGCGAAACCACGGACAACGGCGAAGAAGGUCUACCGGAGGGAGAUCGCGGCCAUGAGCGACCGCGGCGACCACCGCUCGCACUCCCCGGCCGUCUCCGCCGUCUACUCCUCCCUGUUCCUCGAGGAGGUCAUUUCCCAGUUCCUGAUCAAGGUGUUUUCCUCGCUGGAGACCCGCUAUGACAAAGAGACCUGCAUCGGCCUCAAGGAGAUGAACGCCCUGUUUGUGAACGCCUUGGUGGACGAGCUCCGGAGGGGCAGCGUCCGGGUCCUGCGGGGCUCCGAGGAGAAGACCUACUUCCCGCAGCUGGACCGCCAGGCCGUCGACAAGCUCUCGGACUCCAUUCUGGGCGAGUUCGGCUUCCAGUUGGCGGCCAACAAAGGCUUCGGAAGGAGCGUGGAAGCCAUGGCCGAGCGGGCGGCGGAGAUCAUCCUGACCGAAGUCCUGGAUUACCAGCUGCCCCCGACAAUGUGCCGGAGACUGCCCAUGAACUCCUGCAAGAGCCUGAAACCGGAGCGUAUCCUGCAGCGGAUCGAGCUCUGCAUCUGCUUCCCGAAAGCCCACAAGCGGAGGCCUCCUCCUCCUGCUCAUCCUCCUCCUCCUCCUCCUGCUCCGCCCCCUCCGUGUCCUCCUCUGCCGCCCCCGCCGUACGUCACCAUAUUGUCCCAGAAGUACCUGGAGAGCGUCAUCAACCGCCUCCUGACCCAGCUCUUCCCGGCCCUCGAGGGGCCUCCCCGCCAGGAGCGAGACCGGGGCCAGUUGUACAGAGAAGACUUCGAGGAGAUCUGCUCCUACAUGAUCAAGGAAGUGAUGCGGUCCAUCUCGAAGCACAAGAUCUGGGUGUCCAAGCAGGACGACAAGUGCCGCCUGCACUCCAAGAAGGAGGUCCAGAACAUGGUCGACUCCGUGUACAAGAACAUGCUGGAGAAGUCCGGCUCGCAGCAAUCGAUCCAGAAAGAGGUGAAGUCCCGCGACAGCGCCCUCAUCGACACCAUGGCCAGCUUCAUCAUCCAGGAGAUCACCAAGCAGCAUCUCCAGACGUUCCUCUCCCAAGAGGAGCUCCCUUCACAGAGCCCGGACCCAGAGGCCUUGUCUGAGAGCAUCGUCAAGAAGGUGCUGGACACCAUCAAGAAGCCCUUGGUGGCCCAGGCUGAGGUCUUCUCAGCAAAGGUCCUAGAAGAGAUCAUGUCCAGAGUCCUGUCCAAAGUCUUCCAGAAGAAGGAAGCCACCAAAGGGCAACGGAAAAUGGACCUUGCCAAUGUUGCAAAGCGGUUGGCCAACCAACUCAACCUGAGGUUUGGCCAGGCCGCGACCGCUCUGACCGAGGGGCCCCGAGGGGAGGAUCAGGGCCUGGGGGCUCCCUUGACCAACGCCAUGGACUACGUGGUUGACUCCGUCUGCGACACGAUAUCGAAGGAAAAAGUGGAGGUCCCGGGAGGAGAUCUCGUCUACGCGGGAGAAGGGGCUCUCAUGGAGAACAUCAAGAGGCUGGUGGAAAAAUGCGUUGCCGACUACUUCCUCCACCCAUUGUUUUCUGGAGAGGUGUUCAACGUCUCGAUCCCACCUCUGCCGCGGUACGAGGAGAUCGCCGGAAUGUCUGAUGAGACGGAGGGGUCUUCUCCAUUCAGCACCUUCCUCUCCUCUGGGUUCCUGAAGGACCUGAUUACCGGGCUGCUGUCCAAAAUCUUCUCUUCCUCGUCUCCUCGGGAGAAACACCUCCCCUCAGCGUCGGACCUCAACAAACUGGCCACCCAGUUGCUCGACGACAUCCGGAGGAAGCUCCUGAAGCACGAAAUCCGGGUGACCGGAGACGCCCUCCCCGGUCAGGACCAAUAUACCGAGGAAGACGUCCAGAACAUGACCGAUUCCCUGUGCAGCCAGAUCAUCCGUAAGUCGGGGUCCCUCGAAGCCGUCCAGAGGGAGGUCCGGAACAAGAGCAACGCCCUGAUCGACUGGAUCGCGGGCUUCCUGGUGGGGAACGUCCUCCAGCAACACGUCCAGCCUUUCGUGGCCAAAGACGAGGAUUCCUCGUGGGACGCGGCUGCCGCGGGGGACUCGACGGGCCGGCUGGAGGUUUACCGGACGAGGAUCCAACCCCGGGACCUGAGACCGGCCACCCAGGAGAAGGUGGAAGAGAUGCCUUCUCCGUCAUCUUUCCUGGGAGGCGUCCUCUCCGAACUGAUCUCCAAGCUCUCCUCAACGCUGUCGGACCUCCCGCUCGGCGCCUCCGGGGACACGGCUGUACAACUGGCCAAGACGCUCACUAAAGAGCUGGCCAAAGGCCGGUUCAAUCUCCAGGACGGUCCUGAACAUUCACUGGGACCUGCUCCUCCUCCUCCUCCUCCUUUGGAAGACGAUUGGCGUCCACCAAGGAAGGAUCUGCAGCCAUGCUGGUCACCCGAGGAGCACUCCGAUGUCGAACGGGACACGCUCGAGCAAAAGGCCACCGCCAUCUUUGGAGAAGCGGUGAACCACCUCAUCCAGACCACGCGGUCCUCGAAGGUGCCGGACAACAGGUGCCUCAUCCAGGAGAAAAUGAUGGAGGAGGUGGACGGUCCUGAGGUGAAGCCUCCUGCCGCCUACACCACCGUCAUCUCCUACCCGGUCUUGGAAGGGAUCAUCGAGGGGCUGUUCUGCCGGGUCUUCCCCGAGGAGGGACUUCGCGGUUCUGACCAAGUCGCCCAGGCCAAGAGGACCAUCAUGGAGACGGUCCUGAAGCAGGCCAUCUGGGCCAGCACCUACGGCUGCCCCAAGCGGGUGGGCCUUUCGGACGAAGCGGUGGCGGAGAUGGUGGAGUCCGUCUACUGCGACGUUCUCCACGAAGUCCUCCUCCGCCAGCCCUUCCCGGAGGACAAGGAGAGCCUCAGCAACCUCUACGUCACCCAGAUCGCGUGCUUCAUCCUCAACGAGAUCUUCAAGUACCACCUCCAGUCUCUCGGGGACGCUUCCGAGGGGGAAUCCUGCCUGACCGUCUUCCCUUGCCGGCUCUUGGAAGACAUGCUGAGCCAGCUCCUGGACAAGAUCUUCCCCACCCCGGAGAGCAUCGCCAAUUACGUUGGGAAACAGGCGGACUUCUCCGAGUCGGACUUUGUCGAGAUGGCCACCAACCUGAAGAGCGACGUCGUGACGGAGAUCUUGGCCCACGAGAUCAAGCUGGAGAACCGCUCUGAGCGUAGCCCCGAGAUGGACCAUGAAACCAAGGAGGACAUCGCCAACUCGGUGUACAACCAGGUCCUGCAGAGGUACACCACCCAGAAGGAGCUGCAGGACGCGCUCACCGUCCAAGCCAGCCACAGCGUCGAGGAAGUCACCAAUUUCCUGGUGAGGGAACUUCUCAACUUCCAUCUCCAACCGUUUCUCAGCGGCGGCGAUUCAUCCAGCGACGAAUGCACCAACUGGCAGAAGGAGAGGCAGCUCUUUUCGCGGCGCAUCUACUCAGCCGCCUUCCUGGAGGACAUCGUGGUGGCCUUCUUCUGCAAAAUCCUGUCCUCGCCCAACAUCUUGACCUACACCAAAGAGGCCGGCUUACCGGAGGACGAGAUGAGAAGCCUGGUGAUCGAACUGGUCAACGCUUUGGUGGCCGAAUUUAAGACACUGCAGGUCAAGGUCUUCCAGAGCAUGGAGGAGGACUCCUGCUUCCCGCAGAUCGCUCCCGAAACCGUGGUCCUGGUCUGUGACUCCAUUUACGAGAAGUUGCUGGAACUUCUGGGGUCCGAAUGUGAGAUUUUCAAAGCCUUCCAGACCAACAUCCAAACGUUAGCGGAAAAACUUGCCCCACUGAUGGUGAGGGAGAUCUCGGGAUACCAGCUGCUGCCGUUGUUUACCGGGGACACGUCUCCGUACCUCUUCUCGUUCCUGGAGGCCGAGACCAUCCUGGAUCGAGUGGAGACCAUCCUUCCAGAAGCCGCGUCUCCCCGCUCGGUCUUUGGAGACAUGUUCGUGAAGAUCUUGCGCCGGAUCUUCCCGUUGUCGCCACCCGCGGGUGCGGAGGCGGCCACGAAGGAGAGAAAGGGGUCAGAAGCCAAAGGGAGCAUGCAGAGCCUGAUGGAGAACAUCUACAAGACCGUCUGCAAGAGAGUGGCGUCUCCAGAGAGGAAGCACGAGGAGUUAGCGGGGUUCCCGAGACAAACCAGGCCGGACCGGUCCUGCUCUCCCCCCGCCCAGCCCAAUCCUUCCUCCACCAUUGUUGCCCAGUCCGGUAACUGGACCAUCCACCACGUCAAACUGGGGGAAGGAGAGUCCCGGAUGACGCAGGCCGAGGAUGGAGGAGACGUCUACUCGCCUUCCUUCUUGAAGGACAUCUUCAGCGGACUGGUCAGCAAGCUUCUUUCGUCCACCGCCCCGGAAACAAGAGAGACAGAAGCGGAGUCUCCGCUCAAGAACUUAAUGGAGUCCAUCCUGAGGGAGUUUGCAAAGUCGAAGGUGAAGGUCCUACAGGUCCCGGAAGCGGCGCAGCCCCCUCCGUCCGUCGGGAAGACGGAAGUGGCCAAAAUAAUCCACUCCUCCUUGUGCAACAUCCUGCGGGAUCAGGGCUCCGGCGGGGCGCUGUUGGAGAGAGACCAGCAGAGCCAGCACGCCUUGGCCGAGCGCUUGGCCGAGGCCAUCAAGAAGGAGAUCUUGGGCUACCACGUCCAGGUGGAGCCAGACACGGCUUCCGAGGAGCCGGCCUCGAAGCCGUUUGAGUUUGGAGAGAUGGCGAAGAAGGUGUGGAUGGAGGUGAAGAAGAUCAGCACGCCCUCGCCGAGCAAGUCUCAGCCAUCGUUGCUCCUGGUGUCCCAAAGGUUCAUCCACGACGUCCUCGGGUUCCUCUUGACCAAGAUCCUCCCUCCGCCCACGGAGGACACGGGCGGCCCGGACACCCAAGAGCAGUGUGACGAAUUUGACUUCAUCCACAUGAAGCUCCUGAGCAAAGUGAUGGACGACCUGGCCAAGGACAAGAGCACGGAGGUCCAGUACCUCGACCCGGUGCAGACCAACCGCGUGGUGAGCCAAACCGUGGCCAACUCCGUCUACAACAACCUCCUGCCCGAAUUCGGGACCACCUCCACGGUCCAGAAGUGCGUCAGAGCCGGGUGCAGCAUCCUCCUGGAGAGGAUAGCCGACUUUGUGAUCAAGGAGAUCUCCGGGAGCAAGAUGCAGACGUACUUUUCGGAGGAGAGAAGCCGCCAGCAGGAGGCCAUGGAGGCCAAGAGGGAGAUGGAGCAAUGCUACGGAGUCAGCCCGGAGCACCAGUACGGAGACGGCUCGGAGCCCAAGGAGGGCGAGACCCAGCUCCGUUCUCACCUCAAAGGGUUGUCCAUCAUCAUCUUGGAGGAGGUGGCGGCCAAGUUCCUCUCCAAAAUGGUCCUCUCCCUCUCCUCGGAGGAGAUGGACGAGAGGAUCCUCGAGUCAGUGAAGGACGUGGCCAGGAAAAUUGUGGGCUCCUUGCAGAAGCGCAUCGAGAAGAACAAGCUCCAAGUCUGGCAGAACGAGGAGGAGGAGGACUUGGGCUCGGAGCAGAGCCAAGCGGUCGGGGAGGUGGUGGACUCGGUCUACAUGGACGUCAUGAAGCAGUCCGGCUCGGAGGCCUCUCUGUACAAAGACCUGACCAACAAGAACGAGGACCUGGUCAACCGCGUGGCUUGCUUCAUGGUCAGCGAGAUCUCCCGGCGGGACUUCCCCGCGGGCACUGUGUCGGAGGACGAGCUUCCCCGCUCCAGCACCGAUAUCAAGCUCCAGUCGGACAAGAUCAUCCAGAAAUUCCUGGACGACAUCGAGAUGGAGAAAGGCAAGAAGGAGACCGCCGGGGUGCCCGGCCCGGUGGUGCCGGUGGCCUUCUUGGAGGAGAUCCUCAGCCGCUUCCUGACCACCAUCUUCCUCGAACAGUGCGACCUGGGCAUCCACGAGAAGAAGAGACUGUCCAUAACGGAGGUGAAUGAAAUAGCCUGCCUGCUGAAGACCUCCGUGGAGAAGAUGAUCUCAAAGAACAACAUCGGGCUGUUGGCUUCCUCCGAGGACGAGCCCACCCUUGACCCGCAGUACGAGGAGGUGGUCAAUAAGGUGGUCCACUCCGUCAUCAGCAACGUCAUGGAGAAGUCCGGCUCCCAGCAAGAGCUCUACAAGGACAUGACCACCAGCCAGGUCAUCUUCCCCGAGCAGGUGGCCAGCAUCAUCAUCAACGAGAUCUCGAGCUGCAACAUCCGCAACCCGCCCAACGACAACGCCGCCAACGAGACCUGCAGCGCCUUGGCGCUGGACCGCAUCGUCAGCAAGGUCAUCGCCCAGGUCAGCUCCCACAUGGAGUCCCAGGAGGACGAUGACUCGCUGGCCGCCCUGACAGGGAUGCCCAAGAUGAAGGCCCCCGAGGGCGCGGGGCCCGAGGUGGCCGGCCCGGAGGCCCUGCUCCAGGGCGAGGAGAUGCCCGUCAAGAUCGUCCCCUGCAUUGGCCACAAGCCCAUCCGGAUCGACCCGGGCAUCAUCUCGGACCACCUGGCCGUGCUGUCCAUCAAGACGGAGCCCCUGGAGAAGCUGAAGAAGACCUGCCUCUCCAGGAUCGGCAUCAGCCUGACCGAGCUCCGGCGGGCCUCAGCGUCCGGCAAGAGCAUCACGCAGCAUGACCUGGGCAUCCCAGAGGUCUCCGAGGACCAGAGGAAGAAGGAGAGGAGGUCCUCCCUGGACAUAGCCGGCCGCCUCGGGGUCAGGCCCAAGGAGGCGGUCUGCAGGAACUCGUUCCAAAGCCUGAUCAUGCCGGACAUCCGGAAGGUCGAACUCCUGAAGGACGUGGAGAGCAAGCAGGACCUCAUUGUGCGCCUCGUGGCGCACGACAUCGACGAGGACCAGGCCCACCGCUUCUCGGUGGACGAGAGCGACACCGACGAGGACGAGCAAGUCCUGUCCGAGCACCGGUCCUUCUACUUCGAGGUCCCUCCCCUGUCCUCGCGGGGCGCCAGCACGGACACCGAGGCCUCGGGCCCUCUGCUCGAGCUCCCCUCGGUGAAGACGUCCAUCACCGGCAUCCUCCGGAAGAGUUCCUCGGGAGCCGGUCCUGAGGCCGCCAAGGAGGCCCCCGAACCCCCCGAGAUGGAGCCCGCCCCGCAGUCCGUGCCCAGCACCCAAGAGGCUCCUUUGCUCCGCACGUUCUCCCUGCAAACCAGCCUGAGCUCCAAACCGUCGGACGAGACCGUCCCAAGCCAAAAAGAAUCGCUGGAGAAAGCGGCCGUAGACAUGCACCUCACCCGGGACACUGAGGAGAGCGGCCCUGUCGAGAUCACUUCCGUCUACCAGGACCGUAACAUGAAGGAUUCCAUCUCCGAAGAGCACUCAGAAGCCGAGGACGGGAAGGUGCUCGCGGUCACCACCUCGGACACGGGGGUCACCCCCCGCCAGCAGCGCUCCUCCGUCUUCGAGAAGGUCUCCAGCGCCCUGUCCCGGGUCUUCUCCCGCACCUCCGCCACCGCCGCCCACGCCUCCCCGUCCGCCUCCAGCCAGGACAAGGCCGCCGCCACCGCCGCUGCUGCCGCCACCCCCGGGGAAUAGACCCCCUUCCAGGACCCCCGCAAUUUCUUCCGCUUUGUAUUAGCCGAGAGAAAUAAAAUAUUUUUCUUC